UCCUCCUCCUCUUACCCACCUUCCUGCACCCCUCCCUUCUCCCUCCUCCCGCAGCUCAGGUUGCAGCUUCUUUGGGGGGGGGGAGGACUGCUCACCUUUCAAGAGCCGGGAAGAGCCAGGGUCCCGAAUAGGGACCCCGGCAGGGCGCGGGGCGUGGGGCAGGGCACCCGACCCUGGCAGCGCGGCCGCGGAGGGCGGGAGCCGGCUCGCCAGGACCGGGACACGCGCAGAGUCCGCGGCGGCGGCCGGAUAGGGGCACCGCGCCGGGCAAGCUGAGCAAAGGACCCACCUUGGAUCCCUGCUGAUCAUGAACAAGAUGAAGAACUUCAAGCGAAGGCUUUCCCUGUCCGUGCCCCGCCCAGAGACCAUUGAGGAGUCAUUGGCCGAGUUCACCGAGCAGUUUAACCAGCUCCACACUCAGAGGAAUGAGGAUGGCAAGGAUGAGCCUGGGCAGCUGUCUCCUGGCAUGCAGUAUCAACAACAACGGCAGAGCCAGCGCCGAUUCUCCAUGGAGGACCUCAACAAGAGGCUCUCCCUGCCCAUGGAUAUCCGCUUGCCCCAGGAAUUCCUGCAGAAGCUACAGCUGGAGAACCCAGGGCUGCCUAAGCCUCUCACCCGCAUGUCCCGCCGUGCCUCCCUGUCAGAUAUCGGCUUUGGGAAACUGGAAACAUACGUGAAACUGGACAAACUGGGGGAGGGUACCUAUGCCACCGUCUUCAAGGGACGCAGCAAGCUGACAGAGAACCUUGUGGCCCUGAAGGAAAUCCGCCUGGAGCAUGAGGAAGGGGCACCCUGCACUGCUAUUCGAGAGGUGUCUCUGCUGAAGGACCUGAAACACGCCAAUAUUGUGACCCUACAUGACCUCAUUCACACAGAUCGGUCCCUCACCCUGGUGUUUGAGUACCUGGACAGUGACCUGAAACAGUACCUAGACCACUGUGGGAACCUCAUGAACAUGCACAAUGUCAAGAUUUUCAUGUUCCAGCUGCUCCGGGGCCUGGCCUACUGCCACCGCCGUAAAAUCCUGCACCGGGACCUGAAGCCCCAGAACCUGCUCAUCAAUGAGAGGGGCGAGCUAAAGCUGGCUGACUUUGGCCUGGCCCGGGCCAAGUCAGUGCCUACCAAGACCUAUUCCAAUGAGGUGGUGACCCUCUGGUACAGACCCCCAGAUGUGCUGCUGGGAUCCACAGAGUACUCCACCCCCAUUGACAUGUGGGGCGUGGGGUGCAUCCUCUAUGAGAUGGCCACCGGCAAGCCCCUCUUCCCAGGCUCUACUGUCAAGGAGGAGUUGCACCUCAUCUUCCGGCUCCUGGGGACACCUACAGAAGAGUCGUGGCCUGGUGUGAUGUCCAUCUCCGAGUUUCGAGCCUACAACUUCCCCCGGUACCUGCCACAGCCGCUGCUCAGCCACGCCCCCAGGUUGGACACUGAAGGCAUCAACCUCCUGACCAGCCUCCUCCUGUAUGAAUCCAAGAAUCGCAUGUCAGCAGAGGCGGCCCUAAAUCACCCCUACUUCCAGUCUCUGGGAGAACGAGUACACCAGCUCGAUGACACUGCCUCCAUCUUCUCCCUGAAGGAGAUCCAGCUCCAAAAGGACCCAGGCUAUCGUGGCCUGGCCUUCCAGCACCCAGGGCGAGGGAAGAGCCGGCGGCAGAGCAUCUUCUGAGCUAAGCCCACCCUGCUGCACCUUGAGGGAUGAGAGGCCACACGGAACAUGAAUUCAGGGAGUAUGGGGCCCGUGUGGCUAUCAGAGGGCUGAACAAUGAAUGCCUGUGGCCAGUCUGGAGGACCACUCGGCAGCCCUGUUGGUAGCAUUUGCUUCCUUCCCUUGCUUGCCACACAGAUCUGUGAUGGCCUCUACCAGGACACCCUUCCCCUUGUCACCUACCGUGGGAUGGGGCAUGAACUGCUUCCCUGAGAGGAAGUGAGGGUCAAGGAGGGUCCUGGGACCCUUUCCCAGUAGAAGUGCAGGAGAAUGUGGGGCCCUGGCUCUGCCAGCUCAUUGGCUUGACAAACCCCCUUCUUAUUCCUUGGACCCUCACCUCAUCUUCCUCCCCUCUGAAAACAAGGAAUAUGGCACCUUACCUGGGAGCCUGGAAUUGUGCCCACGUGUAUGCUGAGCCCACCCAAAGGCAGAUGUCCCUGGAGCAUCAGAAAAAGUAGUACCUCCUCUUGUCACCACCCCCACCGUGCUAUUGUCCCCUCCUUGCCAGAAGCCCUGUACCCUCUGGCUUGAACCAAGGCUAGAAAGCACCAGCAUGCUGCCCAUGUCCAACUGCAUCCGGAAGUGGUCUGGUACUCCAAGAUGUACUCCUGCUGCCUCAGCCAGCCCCCUGCCCAUCCCCCAGUCUGGAAAGGGUUGCCUUAAACUGGCAGGUGGUAGAGUGCGCUCUGUCCUUGGAACUCUGACCUAGCACCUAUGUCCCUCUUCCCUAAGCCACUCCUAUGGGUGUUAUCAUCCCUGAGGGCUGAUAAGUCAACCCUGUCUCAGGGUCCUGAGGCUGGCACCCAGAUACGCAAGGUCACCCUGACACUGGUAACCUUGGCUCUUUAGGGCUGGUGCAGCCUCUCCCCCAUCCCCCACCUCCUUCCCAGUCCUGUCCUCCUGACCCUGGCACCAGCCUCCACAGAGAGAGUGGGAAGGGCAUCGGCACCACAGCCCAAGUUGGAGAGAGAUGAGAUUGCAGCAGGUUUGAUCCUGAGAGCCUCAUCCUACAUCCCUAGAGAAGGCGCCCUUCCUCUGUACUCCUCUCAUGGUCCAGGGUCUCCUCAACAUUUUGGCUGAACUUGAAGGGCAAAGGUCAAGGGGAGGUCAAGCUCCAUGCCUAUCCUAACCCCUGGGAGCCUGGGUUCUCCCUAACCCCCUUUCCCACUGACUGUGAAUGUCGUGACUCAGAGCAAAGAUAGAGAAUAUAUUUAAUUCAUGUUGUA